CUUCUCGCACACGCGUGUGAAAAAUCGAUUUUCAUUCAGCCAGGUGGUGGUGAUUCAGAAUUUCGCUCUCUGCCGUUUGCAAAUCAUAAUUUUCGAAGGAAUUCUCUGCCCGGAUUAGUCAUCGUCAUCGGAGGUGCGCGUUCGUGGGCGAUUACUGUUGUCAAGUGUGGUGAAAUUUCGGGAGUCAAUUCCAGCGAGCAGGAGUAGUAGGCCAGGUCGACGUUUUUUUUCCCUCUUGAUUGGUGGAGCGCAGAAAAAAAAAGUUCCCGCAGCUUCUCGAGGAAGCAGAAGGAAGGAGAGCGGUGAAAAAGGGGGAAAUCUCAAUCGCAGCACACCAUGCAAAGUUUUUCAUUGCACAACAUUGCUGCUGUCAGUGAAUCGUCGUCGUUUGUUGAUUGUUUUGAUUUUGCUGCUGCCUUGAAUAAAACUGGUGCCGCGGGCCGGAACAGCUUCAGUGGUAAAGCCAACGACGGACAGUUUAACGGUAGAAAGUGCGGUCAACGCGGGAGAAGGUCCUGAUCGCAGCAACUUUUUGGCAAUUACGAGCAAAUAAGUGAAUUUUAAAGAAGGUUCAAAAAGUUAAGCCAAACAAGUAAAAUCGGAGAAGCAGAUCGUUUAAAAUUAGCGAGAAAUAAUCAAACACAAAGCCAGAAAGCAACAACAACAAGUUCACCCAACACACAACCAGGAAAAAGAAGCGAGAGCAAUUUUUUUUAUUUCUGCUGCCAACGAGAAGAAGGAGAGCCAAGUCGAACCGAUUUCGUCAGAUCUUGGUCGCGAGCGCGAAAUCAGUCCGAAGGUGAGAUCCACUUCAGCCGGAGGUCGUCGCGGAGGCAGCUGCAAGAUGCCACGAAAUCGCAGAAAGCACCAGGCCAACGGCAACUCCCACAACAACGACUCGGACGACGACCUGUCGAACGACAACGCGAGCGUGUACUCGUACGCGUCCCAGGAACCGACGGCCACCGACGGCUACAACAACAACAACAACGACAACGAUGGCGGCGGAUCUCCGGACGGGGGCGCCACCGGUGGCUUUGAAAAGUACGAGGAGAAGCUGCUGCAAGCGAUCGAGAACGCCUCGGACAAGUCGCUCCAGACGCGCAUCAACGCGUUCCAGGUCAUCAACGAGACGCUGGUCCACCACUACAUUCCGGAUUUCAUCGACGACCGGAAGAUGACGCUGCUGGACGCGAUCGAGAAGAGCAUCAAGAAGGGCAAGGGCGCCGAGCAGGCCUGGGCGGCACGGAUCAUUCCGCUGCUGGUGAUCCAGCUGGAGGGCGCCGAAGAGGACAUGAACGAAAUGAUCCGGGUGCUGAAGCCGGUGCUGCUGGCCACCGCCCUCGACGGAGCGGCUUCGUACGAUGCCCGUGCCAAGUGCUGCCAGGCGUUGGGACUGCUAAACUUCCUCGGAUCGGACGACGUCGGAGAUUUGCUCCCGCUGAUGAAGACCUUCGAAGGCAUCUUCGCCGGAAGCUUCCUCAAGGGCGACAACCAACCCAGCAGUGCCAACGCGGAAGCAGCCGCCAUGCACAGUGCCGCCCUCAGCGCGUGGGCCCUCCUCCUCACCCAGAUUCCAUCCGGCGAUCUCGUGUCCCUCGUCAACAGCAACAACCAGAUGAUCCCCUCGAUCCGCAAACUCACCGGAAUGCUGCAAAGCCCCCACCUGGACGUGCGCAUGGCCGCCGGAGAAACGCUCGCCCUCAUCCUCGAGAGUGGCCGCUCCCACGACGAAGACUUCCUCGAGCCCGACCUGGCCGACCUGAUCGAAGCGACCCAGAAGCUGGCCACCGACGCCCACAAGUACCGCGCCAAGCGUGACCGCAAGGUCCAACGGGCCACCUUCCGCGACGUGCACCGCUACCUCGAGGAGGACAUCUCGCCGGAAAUCACCAUCAAGUUUGGCAAGGAAACGCUCCUGCUGGACACGUGGUCCCUGCACCAUCAGUACAUCUGCCUGCGGAACGCGCUCGGCUUUGGCAUGAACGUCCACCUCGCCGAGAACGGCUUCCUGCGGGAUGUGCUCGCGCUCGGUGCCAAACUGGACGAGCUGGAGCGCAACGCGAAGGCGGCCAAGGCGGAGAAGAAGUUUAUCAACGCGGCCGCCUUCAAGGCGCGGACCAUCACCCGGGGCAAGAACCGCGAUAAGCGGUCCGCCGUUAUCAACUGAGGAGAGGGAGAGUUUUGCUUGAUUUGUACAUAAUUACGUGGAGAAUUUCGGUUAAAUUUGUGCUUAGUUUUGUUGCGGAAAAAGAGAUGAAAAAAAAACAAAAAAAAAAUCAAAUCGUUCAUUAAAUAACUAAAAGUAGCAGUAAGUGCGUAAACUAUUUCCAAUUGUAGCUCUGAGGUGUUAAAUGUCGAAACUAUAUACUGUCUUAAGUAAGGCUGCGUUGAAUGCUGAAACGCUAUCUAGUUGAAAUGUAGUAAUGGAAUUAUGAAGGUUAAUUUAGUGAAA